AUGCUUAGUGAACUUCCGGAAACCCAGCAAAUUGCACAACAAUCCAAUAAUGCUAAUGAAACUGAAAAAGAAAGACGAAUGAGAUUAAGAAGAGAAGCAGACAGACGUCGAAGAGAAAAUGAGACUACUACUUCAAGCACUAUACCCUCUAAUAGUGUUAACAUAACUACUGCAGAGCUGUCUUCAACUAUUUCACCAGCUAAUAUUUCUACCAACACUCACGCAACUUCUUCGGAUUCGAUUACAAAUGUUUCUUCAAAUAGCGUUAUUACGACCACUUCAGAGUUAUCUACAAGUACGUUUUCAGAUACUGCUUUGUCAAACAUUACUACAAAUGUUUCAGAAACAUCUACAA